AUGACACCAUCUACUUCUACCACCACAGCCACUGUUCUUGCUUCUCUAAUCCUCCUUUUAGUUCCAACUUCUUAUUCUUCUUCAUUCAUUACAGAGAAAUUUAGACACUCUCCAAUCCCACAAUCAGACAUUGAUCUUCUUGAAUUUCCUUUAAAUUUAGAGUACCUUGAGGCUGAGUUCUUUCUGUAUGGAUCUUCAGGUCAAGGAUUGGACAAGUUUGCUCCAAACUUAACCAUGGGAGGACCAACACCCUUAGGUGCUAGGGUGGCUAAUCUUGACCCUUUCACUAGAGAUGUCAUCAAGCAGUUUGCAUGGCAAGAAGUGGGACACUUGAGAGCUAUCAAGAACACCGUGCAGGGAUUCCCAAGGCCAUUGCUGGAUUUGAGUCCAAAAUCAUUUGCAAAAACCAUGGAUGCUGCUUUUGGGAGAUCAUUGUCUCCACCUUUUGACCCUUAUGCCUCUUCACUUCACUUCCUCAUUGCAUCCUAUGUCAUUCCGUAUGUUGGACUCACAGGAUAUGUUGGGGCAAAUCCCAAUCUCCAGGCUAAUGCUUCCAAGAGGCUUGUUGCUGGCCUUUUGGCUGUGGAGUCUGGCCAAGAUGCUGUAAUCCGAGCUUUGCUCUAUGAGCAUGCCAUGACCAAGGUGGAUCCAUAUGGUAUGACGGUAGCAGAGUUCACAAAUCGCAUUUCAGUCCUAAGGAACAGGCUAGGACAUGCAGGUAUAAAAGAUGAAGGCCUUGUCGUUCCUAAAUGGUUGGGCGCUGAGGGAAGAAUUGGAGGCAACGUUCUUGCUGGAGAUGAGUUCUCCCUUGGAUAUGCAAGGACACCAGAGGAGAUCCUGAGAGUUGUGUAUGGUAGUGGUAAUGAAAGUAUUCCUGGAGGUUUCUACCCAAAGGGAGCUGACGGUCGCAUUGCUAAAUCUCAUCUGCAAUCAGCUGCCUAA